CAGUGUCAACGCAAGGUAGAUUUGUAAGUACCGCUCGGACGACAGGCUCCUUCUCGUAGUCCCCCCUUAUAACUCAAACAUUCACCUCUUGACGCCUUUCCUUAUACUGAAUCUUCUCGAAAUAUUCCUCCAUCAAACACUCUUAUUGUUCUACCACUGUUCACUUGUCGUCAUAUACAGGCCUGUUAUAACAACCUCUCAUCCUCUUUGCCCUCUCAAUCUCCUCUAGUGUAAUAUCAGCUUCUGCCGGUAUUCCGUCCCGACAGCCAUCCCUCUUAAAACUUUUCCUUUUUCAACCCAAGUAAUUUUCUGGGCAAAUAGAAGACCAGAACCUAAGACACACACAAAGCAAGACGAUGGAACAGGCGUCUUAUAGAGAACCAUCUACGAGCUCUUCCAGCUCAUCUUCCCCACGUCUCAUAUCCAAGACAAUGCCUCCCAUGUCUGAACUAGAGUCUGGAUAUGCGUCAGCCACAUCGUCGACAGCGGGUUCCUCAAGCGAGCUACCCCUGGUGACGCUCUGCCGGCCACACCUUAAGCAUCUGAACCAACAACUGGAAAGGAUGAACGCCAUGGACAGGCUUCGUUUCGUCAAGGCCUGCUUCCCCAACCUUUACCAGUCUACCGCCUUUGGCCUCACUGGAUUGGUCUCCACAGACAUGCUGUCCAAGAUAGCGAAGGAGGAGGAGCCACACUCGUCACCGGUCGACCUCAUCUUCCUCGACACAUUAUACCACUUCAACGAGACCCUUGACCUCGUCGAGCGAGUCAAGGAGAAGUACCCCAACACCCAGGUCCACGUAUACAAGCCCCACAACGCCAACACCGUCGCCGAGUUUGAGGAGCAGUACGGCGAGAAGCUUUACGAGACUGCCGCCGAACUAUAUGACUGGAUCGCCAAGGUCGAGCCCCAACAACGCGCAUACUCGGAACUCAACGUCGCAGCGGUCCUCACAGGACGGCGGCGAUCUCAAGGUGGUGAGCGCGACAAGAUCCCCAUUCUCGAAUUAGAAGAGGACACAGGGAUCGUCAAGAUCAACCCGCUGGUCGACUGGACCUUCUCGCAAGUGCAAACGUACAUCCGCGAGAACGAUGUGCCGUACAACGUGCUUCUCGACCAGGGGUACAAGUCCGUCGGCGACUGGCACUCGACGUCUCCCGUCGCUGCUGGCGAGGAUGAGCGAGCCGGUCGCUGGAAGGGUCAGGCCAAGACCGAGUGCGGCAUCCAUAACAAGAAGUCCCGCUACGCCCAGUAUCUCCAGGACCUCCAGCGCAAAGCCGAGGAAGAGGAGCUCGCCGCUGCCCUUGAAAAGAUGUCGAGGGAACAACAACAGCAGCAACAGCAGGAAGUGACGGUCUCGUGAGGACAUUAAACAGAGGGGGAAACGAAGAGGGAAAAGAAGCUGCCUACCUAGAAUGCGGGGCUGGCUUUUUUUUUCUUUUCUUUUUUUUUUCCUAUCGCACGAUGCCCACGAAUAGAUGGGGAAUCGCAUUAUAAGCUGGGACAUACGGCUCGGCUAUCAUAACCAAACCUUCCUGCCUGCCUCUCCUCCACACGACGACGACUUUCAUCAUCAUCAUCUUGAUUUUUAUUUUUUUUACUA